CAUAUUAAGAACUAGCACAUGAUUAAGUGCCACUUCCAUUUCACGUGGGAAUUCUACUAUUGCAGACAACACCCAAUUUUACAAACAUUAAAAAAUUGAAAGAGGCAGAUAAGAUCACAAGUUAUCGCUUUGGCAUCACACUCAGAAAUUUGCACUGGACUCUGUUCCACCAUAGCUUCCUCUGAAGGAAUGGCUGAAAAUGCUCCUCCGGCCGAGAAGAUAGAAUCAGCAGGGCGUGUCCAAGAAAUGUCCAUCAAUGGCCAAGAUCCACCAACAAGAUAUUGCUACAGAGAUGGAGUUGGUGUAGGCUCAGACAUACCAGUUAUGGAGAUUGGAGUUAUUGAUGUUGCUCUUCUUGCAUCUCCAUCUACCGCCAAACUUCAACUUCAAAACCUCCGUUCUGCUCUCAGCUCAUUUGGCUGUUUCAUGGCAAUAAAUCAUGGAAUGUCCGGUUCAUUUUUGGAGGAAGUGCGUUCGGUUAUAAAGCAAUUUUUUUCACUUCCAAUGGAAGAAAAGCUGAAAUAUGGGAAAGAAGGUGAAAGUAUUAAUGGUUAUGGGAAUGACACUAUUCUUUCAGAAGAUCAAAUACUCGACUGGAAUAACAGAUUAAUACUUGUACUAAACCCAGAACACCAAAGAAACCUCAAAUUCUGGCCUCAAAAUCCUCAUAAGUUUAGGGAAAUCUUGCUUGAAUACACCAGGGAAAUGCAGAUUUUAACUGAGGUUAUCCUUAAGGCCAUGGCGAUAUCAUUAAACUUGGAAGAUCGCAGUUUUUUGGACAAAUGCGGACAUGAAGCAUCACUACGCGCAAGAUUUAACUUUUUUCCUCCAUGUUCAAGGCACGAUCUAGUUCUUGGCCUGAAACCACAUUCGGAUUCAUCGGUAAUCACCAUUGUACUUCAAGAUAGUGCAGUGGAAGGGUUACAAUACCUGAAAGAUAAUCAAUGGUUCAAAGUUCCUAUCAUUCCUGAAGCUCUUCUCAUCAAUAUUGGGGAACAAGCUGAGAUAAUGAGCAAUGGAUUGUUCAAGAGCCCAAUACAUAGGGUGGUGAUAAACCCAGAAAGAGAGAGAUCCUCUCUGGGUGUGUUCUAUUACCCUGAUGUUGAAAAUUAUAUCGAACCCGUGGAGGGACUAGUCGACGAGACAAGGCCAAAACGAUACAAAAGGGUGAAAAAUUAUCUACCUAUUUUCGCUCAACAUUACCAGCAGGGAAAGAGACUAAUAGACGCACUCAAAAUUUAACUAUGAGGUUCUUGCAUACCUUGCGAUUGUUUUCUACUUUUGUAUGCUAGUAAAAACAUCAAAUCUUGAAGGUAACGAAUUGUGGUCA